AUGGCGCCAGGAGGUGGUGGAAACAUUAAGGUGGUGGUGAGAGUGCGGCCGUUCAACAGCCGAGAAAUUGAACGGGGGGCAAAAUGUAUUGUGCAGAUGAAAGACAGUCAAACGAUCCUCACGCCGCCGCCCGGAGCUGAAGAGAAAUCGCGAAAAGGUGGAAACAAGGCUGCUGCUGAAGGGCCAAAGACGUUUGCUUUUGAUAGGUCGUAUUGGUCUUUCGACAAGAAGGCUCCCAACUAUGCCGGUCAGGAUAAUCUCUUCUCGGACUUGGGUGUUCCGCUUUUGGAUAAUGCCUUCCAAGGCUACAACAACUGUAUUUUCGCGUACGGUCAGACCGGUUCGGGAAAGUCUUACUCGAUGAUGGGAUACGGCAAGGAGUAUGGUGUGAUCCCGCGGAUUUGUCAGGAUAUGUUUGAGCGCAUCAGGAAGAUACAAGAGGAUAAGAACCUCACCUGCACGGUGGAGGUCUCGUAUCUGGAAAUCUAUAACGAGCGGGUUCGUGACUUGCUCAACCCGUCGAAUAAAGGCAACCUGAAAGUCCGUGAACACCCGUCUACAGGUCCCUAUGUCGAAGACCUUGCCAAACUCGCCGUUCGCUCUUUUGAGGAAAUAGAGAACUUAAUGGACGAGGGAAACAAAGCGCGAACUGUUGCUGCCACGAACAUGAACGAAACGUCUAGUCGAUCACACGCCGUGUUUACGUUGAUGCUUACACAGAAACGACAUGAUGCAGAGACAAGCAUGGAUACGGAGAAGGUGUCGAGAAUCAGUCUGGUCGAUCUUGCGGGUUCAGAGCGAGCGAACUCGACUGGAGCCACCGGUGCUAGGUUGAAGGAAGGAGCUGAAAUCAACAGAUCACUUUCUACGCUUGGACGUGUCAUUGCAGCUCUGGCGGAUGCGGCUUCUGGAAAGAAAAAGGGAAAGCAGGUGCCGUACCGUGAUUCAGUACUUACGUGGUUGCUAAAGGACUCUCUUGGAGGAAAUUCUAUGACUGCCAUGAUCGCCGCGAUAUCACCUGCCGACAUUAACUUUGACGAGACGCUGAGUACUUUACGUUAUGCCGACUCUGCGAAGCGCAUCAAGAACCACGCUGUUGUCAACGAGGACCCCAACGCGCGGAUGAUCAGAGAACUCAAGGACGAGCUGGCACAGUUACGAGCGAAGCUUGGCGGUGGUGCAGCAGGCGGCGCGACGGCAGGGGCAGCAGGCGGGGUGGUGGCAGACGAAGUAUAUCCUCCAGACACGCCUAUGGAAAAGCAAAUGGUCUCUAUACAGCAGCCAGACGGUACCAUUAAGAAAGUGAGCAAGGCGGAGAUUGUGGAACAGCUGAACCAAAGCGAGAAGUUAUACAAGGAUCUUAACCAAACUUGGGAAGAGAAAUUGAUCAAGACCGAACAGAUCCACAAAGAGCGUGAAGCGGCUCUGGAAGAGCUUGGUAUCAGUAUUGAGAAGGGAUUUAUCGGUUUGAGUACACCGAAAAAGAUGCCGCAUUUAGUCAAUUUGAGCGAUGACCCGUUGCUAGCAGAAUGUCUAGUAUAUAACCUAAAACCGGGAGUCACUCACGUCGGAAAUAUGGAUCAAGGAAAUCACGUCGAGAUCAGAUUGAACGGCUCCAAGAUCUUAGCUGAUCACUGCAAGUUCGAAAAUGUGGAUAACGUCGUUACAAUCCUGCCCAGCGAGGGGGCUGCAGUCAUGGUCAAUGGAGUGCGCGUCGACAAGCCCAAGCGGUUAAAGAGUGGUUAUCGCAUCAUCUUGGGUGACUUUCAUAUCUUUCGAUUCAAUCACCCCCAGGAAGCAAGGGCUGAACGAGUAGAACAAAGCUUACUCCGCCAUUCCGUUACGACUAGCCAGCUUGCCUCCCCUGCGCCGGGCAAAGCUCACGAGAGAAACGUUAGCAAGGCUUCAGAUUUGGACUGGGAUUCAAGCAGAGCUGAUUCUCCAAUGGGUUUCCAACGUGGGAGAGAGUCGGACUGGUUUUAUGCGCGUCGUGAAGCUGUGAGCGCGGGGAUGGAUCCGGAUAGGCUUGCUCAUAUGCCUGAUGAUGAGCUCGAUGCUCUGUUCGAGAAUGUACAGAACGUUAGGGCAAACCGCCGUGGGUUAUUGGAGAAUGAAGAAGACUCGGAUUCCUUAAGUUCAUAUCCGAUUCGCGAUAAGUAUAUGUCCAAUGGUACUAUUGACAACUUUUCCUUGGACACGGCCAUCACAAUGCCAGGGACACCUCGCCACGGCGAUGAGGAUGCCACCCUGCAGUCGGUGCGUCAGGAUAUGCAACGACAGUUAGAGCGACAGAAAGAGCAGUAUCUGGAUAAGCUAAGGGAAUCGGAAGCGUCCCCGAGUCAAGGCAUCGACGAAUUGCGGUCUGAAAAGGCCCGCAUGGAGGAUGCUCUUCGAGUAGCAAAAGAAGAAUACGAAGAGCAACUUCGAAAGCAAAAAGAAGCGUUUGAGACGCAUAUGAAGGCACUUGGUCACCCAGUGCCAAGAAUCUACGAGAAUGGUUACCCAAAGUUGUCCCCCAGGGAGCUAGAGGUUGCGCGCUCAGUUUUCCGACACUGGUCUCAGCAAAAUUAUGUCCGCAUGGCCGAAAAGGUUUUGCAGCAUGCUUCGCUGCUAAAGGAGGCCCAGGUCAUGAGCCAUAUAAUGGAUAAGAACGUCGUCUUCCAGUUCGCGAUUGUUGACCAUGGACAUAACAUGGCAUCGUCGUACGAUCUUGUUCUGAAUGGCAUUUCUGGAGACGAGGAUAUCAUACUUGAUGAUGCCAAAAAGCCUUGUGUUGCUGUUCGUGUCAUGGAUUUCAAACAAUGUGUCAUCCAUCUUUGGUCUAUCGAAAAGCUCCAGCGCCGUGUUCAGGCCAUGAGGCAACUGCACCAGUACAUUGACAGGCCGGACUACAUUCAGCACUUUAAGCUUGAAAACCCGUUCUCCGAGCCAUGCUCGCCUCAGUACUCUCUUGUAGGUGACGCUGACAUUCCGCUCACAGCUGUAUUCGAGACGCGAGUUCAGGACUUUUCGGUUGAUGUCAUCUCACCCUAUACACAGGGUGUGGUCGGUAUCAUACGACUGUCCUUGGAACCAUCGUCGGCGCAGGCGCCGUCGUCUACGCUCAAAUUCAACGUUGUCAUGCGUGACAUGGCCGGCUUUGCUGAGUGGGAGGGAACGGAUGUGCACGCCCAGUUGUUUGUACCAGGCAUCUCUGAAGAAGGUGGUGCAACCACAACACAGAUGAUUAGCGGUUUUAAUGAGACACCGGUCCGUUUCGAGAGUGUCCACAGCAUGAGCUUGCCGCUUACCAGUCCGCGCAAUGCAGCCCUUAAGAUUUGUGUCUAUGCGCGUGUGACCACAAUGCAUCUUGAUAAGCUCCUUAGCUGGGAUGACAUGCGCGACUUAGCGGAGCAAGGGGCCCAGGACCAAAAGACGCCACGUAUCGCUGAAUCAGAGUACUUUUCGGAAGAAAGACAUGACGUUUUCGCAAGGCUCCAGGUACUGGAGAUGACUGAAACGGGAGACUACCUGCCUGUGGAGGUGGUGCAAAACAGCCCUACUGAAGUAGGCACAUAUCAGCUCCAUCAAGGUCUUCAGCGCCGAAUCUCGGUGAAUCUCACCUAUAGCUCAACGGAAGCUCUUCCCUGGGACGAUUUGACGAAUAUUCGAGUUGGUUCUGUGCGGCUGCUGGAUCCAUGGGGCAAGAUACCCGACCAGGACCUUCAGACUCCGGAUGUUCCUCUAAAGUUCAUUCAAGAGCCCAUGGUGAAGGACAAUGCCGAUGGAACGUCCAACAUCACUCUUGUAGGCCAAUGGGACUCCAGCUUACAUAACUCGCUACUCCUGGACCGGGUGACUGCGGAAAAGUACCGCGUGCAAGUAACGGUCAGAUGGGAUCUCCAGUCUUCACGCUUGCAGGACCCUGUGUCGUUCGAGAUCGACCUGACGCUCCAAGUGCAGGGGCGGACGUAUAUACGCCCGCAAUCGAUGUUCAAGAACUUCUUUAGUACCACACGCGUUGUGCACUCUACGGUCCGUAUGUAUUCUGUUGCGGUACGUCCAGUGUCUGCAAAGCGCGCCGCAGACCUCUGGCGUAUGAAUACACAGAAUGACUAUGUGAAAGGCGAGGAGUUCCUGACCAAGUGGGCUCCGAGAAAGGUCUCGCUUGUUCGUGACUAUAUCACCUCUCGCCGACGGCGCAGGCGUAUUGCAGAGCUUAACGCUGCGAAAGGCGCACUUAGCGCAAAUAGCCUCACUGUCGCCUCGCCCCCACGGAGUGGAAGGUCAACCCCCCUUCGCGCUCAGGAGCCUGAUCGCAGAGUCAAACUGCUUCAAAAAUACGUUGACCUGUGGACCGCAAGAACCGAUCCCAUCGAUGUGAUUCUGAUUCGAGACAAUACGGAGCCCCCAGAACGUGGCGCAGCGUUUGCGUCUCGAGGAAAGAGUCCGUCAAGCAAUAAUACGAACGAUAAUGAAGAGCAGGGUUCACUCACGCCGCGGUUCUACGCUACCGUUCAAACUCUCCCGAAGAAUCCUUCCGCGUCUAAAACUGGGUAUCUGUUAAUGCCUGACGAUACCUACACGCACUGGGCACGGCGGUUCGUUGAACUUCGGCUGCCGUACCUGCAUAUCUAUUCUGUCCCGGAAGGCGACGAAAUUAACGCAAUCAACCUCCGCAAUGCGCGAGUCGACCAUGCGCCUGAUUUCGCCAGACUUCUCGACGGCCCCGGAGCUGAUGGGUCAUCUCAGGGGCGGCCUAAUGUGUUUGCAGUGUACGGUCCGCAGAACACGUUCCUCUUCGCGGCGCGGACAGAGGCUCAGAAGGUUGAAUGGAUCUUGAAGAUCGAUGAGACUUAUUUCAGCAAUAACGCACCUCGAGCGGGAGCGACGACCAACAGGUCCGGGAGAUGA